AAGACACAGCAUUCAAAACUGAAUCAGCUUUGAUUUCGAAAAGAUUAGAAAAGCGAAUUGGGAAUUUGGCGGGAAUGGAGGGGACUGAGAGUGAAGCCAUUUUCGGUGCUCUUAAUCUCGACCCCCAACUCUUCUGUAACGAAGUCCUCAACAGCGUCGAUGAUAUUCUCCACGAAGCUUUCGAUUUCUUCUACCAGGAUGCAUCAGCGAAGCUGAACAUCGAAGCCACCCAAAGGUCCCAGGAUCUGAAAAAAGGUGUCGAUUGCGUUCGGAAAAGGGUUCAAUUUGUUUUGGGCAAAAAGCUUGAUGUUUGGGAGAGUUACAUCCUUCGUUACUGUUUUACUCUUCCCCAAGGUUUUCGUAUGCCAAACAAUGAUGAAUCAAAUGAGAAUGGCCUUGAUUCAGGUGCUGCUUUUAAUCCAGAAAUAGAUGCCCAGUUAGAUUCAUUGAGAGAAAAACUAACUGAGGUGGGGAAGGAGUCUGAAGUGCUUAAUCAAGAAAUUCAAGCAUUAGAAAGAAAGUCUACUGUCAAUGCUGGAUUUAUCAAUGAAGCAGUGCAAUUAUAUGAGCAGAAUUCUAUGCAUGAGAUGUUUCAUGAGAUCAUGACCACCGCCUCAGAACUUGGAAUGAAGAUGGGAAAGCUAAACUCCAGCAUGAUUGAAGAGACUGACCAAAUGAAAAUAAAAAAGAUUUACAGCACAGAAAUGGAUCUAUCUGCUAUAAAUUCUGCAAAAGGCCUCUCAAACUUGAAAUUAGAGAAUCUUGAAGAAUUCGCAAGUGUUAUGAAGAGUAUGUGAAAUUGUCUUUGACAUCAAUCUAGUUGGACUGGACUAUGCCUGUAUACUCGUCUUUCUCUGUGCCGAUUUGGUUGAAUUUGCCCUUAUAAUGCUGAAAUUAUUGUGGGUAAAUUUCAUGAGUCUUAAAAUUUCUUACAAAUUUAAUUACAAACUGAAUUUGCGUGAUUUAUAUACAGUGUAUAUUGAAACUGUUCAGUGAUUACCAAAUGAGUGUAUGAAAUAGAACUUAAUGUUGCU